AUUAAAAUUUCAGCCAGGAAUAGGGGACCACAAUUUUGAAGUUUGGUACUUUGAAAUUUAAUCAUGUUUUCCUUAAAUAUGACACGACAGUUAGGCAAUUAUGCAAAACUUGUUAAAGGAGGUCGUUACUUGAGUAGUAAUCAGGGAAUUUUCCGUCAAAACGGAUUUGGUGCCAUAUUAAAUAAUCAUUGUCAAAAGAAUGAGGCUGACUUCCGAUCAGCUCUUUUAAUCCGCUCUCAUCACUCUGGUAAUUGGGAAAAAAAAUCAAGCUAUUUCGGAAUCUUCGGAGUUGUUAUAGCCGGUGCAAUUGGUGGUACAUUGCUUUACACUUCCAAAGUAUAUUCUGCUGAAAAAGUUAAUGAUAAAGGCGGCGAAAGGAGACUGGAUUUAAGAAACAUUCGAAUCAACGAAGUGAGAAAGCAUAAUAGUAAGGAAAAUGGUAUUUGGGUUAUGUAUAAACAAGGCGUAUACGACAUCACAAAAUUUGUUGAUAAGCAUCCUGGAGGAGACAAAGUUCUGCUUGCUGCUGGUGGAGAGUUGGAACCGUUUUGGGAUAUGUACACAAUACAUAAGAAUCAACAUACUUUAGAUUGGCUUGAAUCGUAUAGAAUUGGUAAUCUUCAUCCAGAAGAUGUUAAGGAAAGGCAAAAACGACCAGUAGUAAAGCCAGAUGAUCCCUUUGGUUAUGAGCCAACACGUCAUCCAGCUCUGCGAACGAAUUCCUCAAGACCUUUCACAGCCGAACCCCCAUUUGAACUCUUGGCCGACAAUUUUGUAACCCCAGCCGAAUUAUUUUUUGUUAGAAAUCAUCUUGGGGUUCCAAAUGUUGAUGUAAACAAAUUUAAGCUAGAGAUUCAAGGGAAAGGGGUCAAAAAACCUAUUACAUUAAGCCUUGAUGACUUGAAGAAAAAUUUUAAACACCAUACAAUAACGUCAGCUGUCCAAUGCGCUGGAAAUCGCCGAGCAGAACUAUCUGAAUACAAGCCAGUUAAAGGAGUCAGCUGGGGUAUUGCUGCAAUCAGCAAUGCAACGUGGACAGGUGUUAAACUAAGCGAUGUCCUUACUUCUGCUGGUGUUUCAGCAGACGAUGAUUCCGUUCAACACAUUCAUUUGACGGGUUUAGACAACGAUACCAAAAAUUUCUACGAAGCCUCUAUACCAGCAGCCCAGGCUCUCGACGGAAACAAAGAUGUACUUCUUGCUUGGGAUAUGAAUGGAAAACCUUUGACUCCAGAUCAUGGAUAUCCUCUCAGAUGUGUUGUUCCAGGUACCAUCGGAGCAAGACAAGUUAAAUGGUUGUAUAAAGUCACGGUAUCGGAUGAAGAAUCUAAAUCGCAUUGGCAACAGAAUGAUUACAAACAAUUUAAUCCAACAAUUGAUUGGGGCACCCUUGAUUAUAAGAAAGCGGUACCUAUUCAAGAGUAUCCCGUUCAGAGCGCAAUUUGUGAACCAAAGCCAAAUACUGUCGUUGACGAUGAUGAAAUCACGCUUAAAGGAUAUGCUUAUAGUGGAGGUGGACGGGGUAUAUUGCGAGUGGAUGUAUCAAUAGAUGGUGGAAAGACCUGGCAAGAAGCAGAACUUGAAAAUAUUAAACGACCAGUCUAUAAACAGUGGGCUUGGACGUUGUGGGAAACAACAAUUGAAAUACCCCAAGAUCUUCAGGGAAAGAAAUUCCAAGUUCUUUGUAAAGCAACUGACACUGCUCAUAAUACGCAACCAGAAUUUACAUCGUCAGUUUGGAAUGUUCGUGGCCUAAUUAACAAUGCUUGGCAUCGCGUUGGGGUCUCGCAUCAACAAUCAUAA